CUCAAAGCCGCUCUUUUUCAACUCCAAUCCAUCCGAACGAUCUCGGGUCCCUGCGCGACGAAGUCUUUGUUACUCGAGAAACCACAUCAGCCAAGAUGGCGGUUUCCCGAGGCACCGUGCCAUUUCUCGUGGCCAUGAUGCUGCUGACUGGCGUCUGCAAUACGCUGGUCACCAAAUACCAGGACAAGCAAUGCGUUCGCAACUGUGAUGACGAGGAUCCCGCCCAUCGAAUGUACUUCAACCAACCCGUGAUUCAGACCGCACAGAUGUUUGUCGGCGAAAUGGGCUGCUGGCUGGUGGUUGCUCUCACGGCAGCGUAUCGCCGCGUCGCAUCAAAGCGAUCUCCCGCCGAGAAUGGCUACCAAACCAUCGGCUCCAGCCAGCCCAAUGGCGCUGACGACGAGACCCCUGAAGAAGACCAGCCAUCCGUGCUGCGCGGCUAUCGAAUCUUGCUUCUGGCCCUGCCAGCCAUCUGCGACAUCUGCGGCACUACCCUGAUGAACAUUGGUCUACUUCUUGUUGCGGCGUCCAUCUACCAGAUGACCCGAGGCGCACUAGUUCUCUUCGUGGGUCUGUUUAGCGUAAUAUUCCUGCGGAGGACGCUGCAUCUAUUCCAGUGGAUCUCCUUGGUGGGCGUGGUCCUGGGCGUGGCCGUUGUUGGACUUGCAGGUGCCAUCUGGCCCGACGUCAAGGCAAACCUCAUCUCCAGAGGCCUGUCUGUCAUCACGGACUCUCCCGAUGGACUAUCCGAUGUUUCCAAGGCCGUGAUUGGCGUUACGCUGAUUGCGGGAGCCCAAAUCUUCACUGCCACCCAAUUUGUCUUGGAGGAGUAUUUGCUCGAGCGCUCUCCCAUCGAUCCCCUCCGGGUCGUUGGCUGGGAGGGCAUCUUUGGCUUCGUCGUCACUGUCGUGGUUAUGCUUGUUCUGCACUUGGCCAUUGGUCGGACUGAGGCUGGCCGCUAUGGCUACUUUGAUGCCGCUGAGGGACUCCGUCAAAUGUGCAAUGACAGGGCACUGCUCAUCUCCAGUGUCAUAAUCAUGAUUAGCAUUGGUGGCUUCAACUUUUUCGGAUUGUCCGUCACUCGCACCGUCAGCGCGACCUCUCGGUCUACCAUUGACACUUGCAGGACACUCUUUAUCUGGGUAGUUUCUCUUGGUCUGAGAUGGGAGUCAUUCAAGUGGCUACAGAUUGUUGGAUUCGCGCUGUUGGUGUACUCGACAUUUUUGUUCAACGGCAUCGUCCAACCACCUCUUGAGUUCUUGCGAGUUGAUGAAGAAACCGAGGAACUUCUCCCCGAGGAGCCAAUUGAACACCAGUAAAUUGCUAGACACGCUUCCGGCGACCUUUGCAUAUCCUACUCUAACCAAGGUCGAUCUUUUUUUGAUUUUCGUUUAAUCUUUGGUCUUUGGUCUUUGGUCAAGUCUGAUGGGAUUCGGGCGUACUGGUGGGUGCCUGGCUAGCUUGGGAUAAUUUUCAUUCAACAUACAACAUUACACAUUACAUGUAGGCAAUUUGAAAUGGGAGUGCAAGUAAUAAUUCACGCUUUAUCUA